CAUCCCUGAGCCACAAGAAUAUGAGGCCAUGAAAGUUUCAUUCCAUUUCCAAAUCUAGAAAGCCCAUUUGCAACAUUCAAUAACUUCUAAUUAAUGGCUUCCACAACUUCUCCUCAAGCUUCAUAUUCUCUACUCUUCAGAAGCCGAAGUAGUAUCCACUCCAGUAAAGAACAUCAGCUAAUAGUAAGAGGAGCUAUAACAAGAAGCAAGAAGAACAAUGGUGGCAGCAGCUUUCUUGUUCUGGCAGCAGCACAAGGACCUGAAAAGAAAGAAAGAGCACCACCAGGAGUUGAUACAAGAAUCCAUUGGGAUAACCCAGAUGAGGGAUGGAUUGGUGGAAGUAGUAGUAGCAGCAGUUCUCAGCAACAGUUGAACGAAGAAGAAGAGCAGAAGAACCUUUUCGGUCAGAAUUUUGCUGAUUUGCUCAAUGAUGCUUCUGGUUCUCAUUACCAGUUCUUAGGUGUAUCAGCAGAUGCUGAUUUAGAAGAGAUAAAAGCAGCAUACAGGAGAUUAUCAAAAGAGUAUCAUCCAGACACAACAUCACUUCCACUAAAAUCAGCUUCGGAAAAAUUCAUGCAACUGAGAGACAUCUAUGAUGUCUUAAGCAAUGAAGAGAAACGUAAGUUCUACGAUUGGACACUGGCCCAAGAAGCUGCUAGCCGUCAAGCAGAGAAAAUGAGAAUGAAACUAGAAGAUCCUUAUGAGCAAGACCUGGAGAAUUAUCAAUCUGUUCCAGACAUGGUCGAUAGGCUUGGAGGAAGAAACCUGGAGCUAAGUGAUCAAGCAAUGUCAGCUCUUACUAUUGAUAUUUUUAUCGUACUUUUUGCAAUUGGGUGCAUCAUUUAUGUGCUGUACUUUAAAGAACCUUAUUGAUUACUAGCUAGUUUCAUAUAUGUAAACUGAGAAUUCACAAAAACUGAUGAUCAUAGUAAACAUUUUAAAUUUGUAAUA